AUGAUCAUCUGGGUCGGAAACAUCAACUUUGCCAGCGCUCUCCUUCUACACAGUUUCCUCACCGUCCUCAUCAAAGAAGCCAUCAACUUCGUUUCCGUCGUGCUCCUCCUUGCUCCAUUCAGGCGUUAUGAACAACCGAAACCGCCCAUCUCCGCGGGCUCACUCAUCCUCGACGACUACACCUACGUGCUCUCCAACGACAACGAUAGCGACUUGGCGGAGCUUUACUUCACCAGAUGA